CAAGAUUGUUACGUGGUUAUUAUAAUGCAGAAUAUAUUAUUUUUUUCUUUCCUUGACAAGAAAAACUUCAUGCUCCUGACAUUGUAAAAAUUGAUCGAACAGAUUUAUUACAUUCUCAAUGGAGGAGACAUCGAGUUCAUUUACUAGUGAGCGCGCAGAUAGGACAGCACUAAUGGAUGGAAUUUUUUCGACACCUAAAAAAGAAAAGACAACAUAUUUAUAUGCUUUUUCACCGAUAUUUGAAGGAAGAAGAAGGUACCCGUAUACAGAAAGUAUAUCAGCGGGACAUCCAGGAAGUAAAAGACACCUACGCACAGGAUUUUUCCAUGUACCGCCAGCAUUAUCAGGUAGGAUAAUUAUUUUCCUCAGUUAUUGUGAUAAAUUCUUCAUGAUUUUUUUUGUUCAUAUUUCCUAUAAUCUUGACAAUAAAAACGAACAAGAAGCAUCUUGUUGAGAAAAUAA